CGCAUGCGCGCUCCCGGCCGCUCCUCCCGGCGCCGGCUCUCAUUGUUGGGCACCGGGUGACGCGCGGGCGUCGCGGGGCGAGGCUCGGACGCCUGGUGGGUGCGGGGCAGCUGGCUGGGCUCCCCUCCUCCUUCUCCUCCUUCCUUCCUUCCCUCCCUCUCUCUCUCUCUCUCUCUCUCUCCUCCUCCUUCCUUGGAUGGGCUUGCAAACAAAAGAGGGGGGCUGGGCGAAGGGGCUGGGGCGCGCGCAAAGGCGGGCGGCGGCUGGGGGCGGUGCGCAGCCCCCCAAAAGCCGGGGGUCCCAGGCUGGGGGGCCAGCAGGAGGAAGAGGAGGAGGAGGAGGAGGGAGAGGGAGGAGGGGGUCGGGGGCCUGCCAUGCCCAGCGCCCUCUACCAGCUGGAGGGGGGGCCCGGCACCUGCUGCCCCCCUCCCGGCUUGGGCAGCCUGCUGCUGAACCCCCAGAUCCUGCCCCCCGCUUGCUUCGACCCCAACAGCAUCCUCCUCCCCAAGGGAGACCUCUCAGAGCAUCCUUCCUCUCCUCCUGCGACGGAGGACCACCAGAGGGAUGAGGAUGAAGAUGAUGGAGAAGAAGAAGAAGACCCCUCCGCCGCUCUCCGCUUCGCCCUGGACCAGCUCUCCAUCUUGGGCUUGGCUAAGGAGGAGGAGGAGGAAGCGGCUAGAGGAAAGGCGGAGGAGGAGGGUAGAGGAGGAGAAGAGGAGGAGGAUGCGGCGGCGCAGCAGCAACAUCAGCACCAGGAGAAGGAUGGAGACCAUGGACCGCUUCUGGAAGAGGCAGAGGGGCUGGACCGCUUUGCCUAUGCCGGAGGAGCAGGAGGAGCGGCGGCGGCGGCUCUGCCCCUCCUGGGCCCCGAAGGCAGCAGCGCCCCGCCACUCCCCGAGAUCUUCGGGGCCUUCCCGGCCCACUUGGGGGCCCCCCACGCCCCGCAGCCCCCCCUGCUGGCCGGGCAGCACCUGGGCAGCAUCGGAAGCCGCAAGAGGAGCGUCAACAUGACCGAGUGCGUCUCAGUGCCCAGCUCAGAACAUGUGGCCGAAAUUGUGGGCAGGCAAGGGUGCAAGAUCAAAGCCUUGCGGGCAAAAACCAACACCUAUAUCAAGACCCCGGUGCGAGGCGAGGAGCCGGUCUUCAUCGUGACGGGGAGGAAAGAGGACGUCGAAAUGGCCAAGCGCGAGAUCCUCUCGGCCGCCGAGCAUUUCUCCAUGAUCCGAGCCACGCGGAACAAAGCCAGCGGCACGGGGGGCUCGAUCCUCGGCCCUCUGAACCUCCCAGGGCAGACGACCAUCCAGGUCCGCGUCCCGUACCGAGUGGUGGGCCUGGUUGUGGGCCCCAAAGGCGCCACCAUCAAACGCAUCCAGCAGCAGACGCACACGUACAUCGUCACCCCCAGCCGAGACAAGGAGCCCGUCUUCGAGGUGACCGGCAUGCCUGAGAACGUCGACCGGGCGCGGGAGGAAAUCGAGGCACACAUCACCAUGCGCACCGGCUCCUUCGUCGACGUCAACGCCGACAACGACUUCCACUCCAACGGCACCGACGUCUGCCUGGACCUCCUGUCUGGCGGACCCUCCAGCCUCUGGUCCAAAGCCCCCAAUCCGGCCCGCCGCGCCCUGCCUGGCCUCCGCAGCGAUGCUUCCCCGGCGGAGACCUAUUUCGGCGGCCCCGUUCCCGACGGAGCGCCCAGCAGCCCGUUCGGCGGCGGCUCUGGCGGCUUCCCCUUCAGCGACGCUCUGGGCUCGGACGACGGCGACUUUGCCUUCGACUUCCUCCCCUUGGAGCUGGCGGCGCCGGCCCACAUCUGGUCUCCGUUUGAGCCCCCCGCCGACCCACUCCAGGCCUUCAGCCGAUCUUCCUCCUCCUCGCACAGCGGCGCUUCGCAACGGCGCAAGAGCACGCCACGGCACUCGCCCACCUUCCCAGAGGCCGCGGCGGCCCUGGAGCACCCGCUGGCCCGCCGGAUCCCGAGCGAUCCGGUCAGUGCCGUCCCGUGGCUGCCACCACAGGGAUCCCUCUCGUCCUUCUCCAACAGCACCGGCUACUCGUCGUCAUCAUCGCUGCCCGGGAGCCUCUCGGCCGCGUCGGGUUCCCCCACCGACUCCACCGGUUCCGAGGGCCCCCGCAAAGCUUCCCGCGAGUGCAUGGUCUGUUUCGAGAGUGAGGUGAUCGCCGCGUUGGUGCCCUGCGGCCACAACCUCUUCUGCAUGGAGUGUGCCAUGCGCAUCUGCGGCCGCUCCGACCCCGAGUGCCCGGCCUGCCAUACACCUGCCACGCAAGCCAUCCACAUUUUCUCAUAGGUGCGGCGGGUUCCCAGGGGUCCGGCGGCCCCGUUUUCCCACCCCACUUUACAAAAACACGGCCGGCUUUUUGCGAACUUCAAAA